GCAGGAAGUGGGUCUGGUCACCAGAAGGGGGUGCUGGGCGCGUGGGGACCCUCGCCCUGGGGACUCAGCCCCCGCUGGGCUGCUGCGGGCGGGGAGCGGCGUUCCCAACUCUGCGGCCCGCUGGCUGGAGUGGAGCCCCCACAGUGGAGGCGCCUUCCAUCAGGGCGCCAGGCCGCGCACCCCCGCGGCUGUCCGGGCCUGGGGACAGUCUGCUCUGGCCGCACCCUGCAGGUCCUGGUCCGGCGGCUCAGUGACGGCACAGAGCUGCGGGGCCGCGUGGUGGAGACCGAGGCCUACCUGGGGCCGGAGGACGAGGCUGCCCACUCACGGGGCGGCCGGCAGACCGCCCGCAACCGAGGCAUGUUCAUGAGGCCGGGGACCCUGUACGUGUACCUCGUCUACGGCAUGUACUUCUGCCUGAACGUGUCCAGCCGAGGGGCCGGGGCGUGUGUCCUCCUGCGAGCGCUGGAGCCCCUGCAGGGUCAGGAGGCCAUGCGGCAGCUGCGCAGCGCCCUCCGGAGAGGCUCGGCCGGCCGGACCCUCAAGGACCGCGAGCUCUGCAGCGGCCCCUCCAAGCUGUGCCAGGCCCUGGCCAUCGACAGGGGCUUCGACCAGCGCGACCUGGCUGAGGACGAGGCUGUGUGGCUGGAGCGAGGCCCCCCGGAGCCCGGAGAGCAGGCCGUGGUGGCCGCGCCCCGGGUGGGCAUCGGCCAGGCGGGGGAGUGGGCCCUGAAGCCCCUGCGCUUCUACGUCCGGGGCAGCCCCUGGGUCAGCGUGGUGGACAGAGCAGCCGAGCAGGACGAGCAGGCCUGAGCCAGGGCCGGGCGAGGCUUUUAAUUCUGUGGAACCAAAUAAACGCCCCGUUUCUCAGCCUCGGGUCUCGGCCUGAGCCCGCCGUGGUCAGCGCGUUCCCAGUCAGCUCCUCCUCCAGGACGGCGUGGUCCCCGUCCCCGGGGGUGCCCACAGGCUGGGGUGGGGGCCCCGCCACGCAGGCGGCUCAGGGCAGCAGGGCCUGGAAGACGGCGAUGACGGGGUCCUCGUGGGCGGCCACCACCAGCACGCUGCGGAACUUGUCGCACAGCGCGAGCAGCUGGGAGCGCCGCGUGUUCUCGUGGUACAUGAUCUCCUCCAGGUGGUGGCGGCCGCGG